GCCUGUUCAAAAAUGUCUUCUUCCAUAGGCAGUGCAAUGUAGCCAUGGAUAAUGAGAAUGUUGUGUAUGUUAUUGAUGUAGUUAAGGGGAUUUUGCAGUAUAUGCAAGGUCUUCUUCUGGUUGCUUGGUUUGUUUCUCCGGAAAGUGUUCUUUAGGCAAUUGACGAACCAAAACUUAAAUUGGUUUUUGUGAUAUCAAAACAAAACUCAGGCUCAGCAAGAAUGGCGAUUGUGAGACCACUGGGCUCAGCUAACGGUUACUGGGUGGACCAGUACCACCUUUCUAGACCAUUGAAGGUAUCCCGCUACUCUUUUAGACAUACCUUGUAUAGAGCUUCUUCACUAUGUUACAGUUCCAAGUUUCAAACUCGGAAAACUUUGGUACGGUUCCAGGAAAGCCAAUCUCAGAAAUCGAUUAUCAAAUCUGGAUCUGUAGAAGAUCAACCUUCAGAUAGUGUGCCAUCGGCUGGUACUUUGAUUAGGGAGUUCGUAGAUGAUGGAUUAUUUGAAAAUGCAAUAAAGGUUUAUCUUGGAAUGAUUGAAGGUGGUUUUCCAGCUGAGCAAUUCAGAUUCUUUCCAUCUUUAAUUAAGGCAUUUGGUAUGCUUUCUGAUGUAGACAAGGUUAAACAAGUUCAUGGGCACGUGUUGAAGUUGGGAGUUUUAAACGACGUUUUUGUUGGAAAUUCACUUUUGAGUUCGUAUUGGAAAUGCCGUGCAGUCAAAGCUGCAGUCCAAUUGUUUGAGAAAAUGUGUGAGAGGGACUCCGUUUCAUGGAAUGCAAUGAUCUCUGGGUUUUGCCAAUCAGGGGAUUACACGGGAUCAUUGAUUACAUUAAGCAGGAUGAUUUCGGAAUAUGGUUUGUACCCUAAUCGGGUAGCUUGCCUUUCGGCUUUAUCUGCAUGUUCUUCGAUUGAGUCUUUGAUUCAUGGGCGGGAAAUUCAUUGCUUUGUUGUGAAAAGUGGGUUGAUCGUUGAUGAUUUUAUAGUCAGCGGACUGAUUGAAAUGUACAUGAAAUGUGGGGAUAUAAGAACUGCAGAAUAUGUUUUCAAGGGAAAUCUUGAUAACGAGUCCAGCGGAGGAAAUACAGUGAUAUGGAAUGUGAUGACUUUGGGUUAUGUCUCUAAUGGAUUUUUGUUGCGGGCAUUGGACAUGUUUCUUGAGAUGUUGGCAAUUGAGAUAAUACCAGAUUCUUCUACUCUGGUGGCUGUUUUAGUUUUGUGCUCCCAGUUGUCAGAUUUAGCUGUAGGAAAGCAAAUCCAUAAAUUCAUUUACAGCUUUGGGUUUGAUUGCGAUGUAAGAGUUGAAACAGCUCUCAUAGACAUGUACUUCAAAUGUGGUGAUCCUGAAACUGGUUUGAAAUUAUUCAUGAGGUCUCAAAAUCAUAAUUUGAUCAUGUGGGGUGCAGUAAUCUCAAAUUGUGCUCAGAAUGGUAGUUCUGCUGAGGCAUUAGAAUUGUUCCAUACCUUCAUGUCAGAGCUUGGUUUUGCUGAUUCUAUCAUACUUCUGGCUGCGUUGCGAGCAUGUUCAUCCUUGACUUUGAAGCCAAGAGGCGCAGAAAUCCAUGGAUUGACUAUAAAGACGGGGUUUGAUGACAAUGUUUUUGUUGGUGGUGCCCUUGUUGAUAUGUAUGCAAAAUGCAGAGAUAUUGAAUCUGCCGAAAAGGUUUUCCAUCGAUUACCAAUAAGGGAUUUAGUCAUAUGGAAUUCCUUAAUAGCUGGUUAUGCCCAGAAUGAGUGUGCAGAUGAAGCUUUGAAGGCUUUUCAUGUUAUGCAAUCUGAACAAAUUGCACCCAAUAGUGUAACAGCUGCAUGUAUUCUCUCUGUAUGUGCUUAUUUGUCUGUAGCGAUCCUGUGUAAGGAGUUACACAGUUACCUAGUACGCCGAGGGUAUGAGUCUAAUAGUCUUGUGAGCAAUUCUCUAAUUGCAACCUAUGCAAAGUGUGGGGACAUAUUUAGUUCAAGGGCUGUAUUUGAGAGUAUGCUAGAAAGAAAUAUAGUAUCAUGGAAUUCAAUUAUUUUAGGGUAUGGAAUGCAUGGCUGGACCGACGAAAUGUUUCUUUUAUUUGAAAAGAUGAAAGAAACAGGCAUGAUGCCUGACCAUGCAACUUUUACUGCACUUCUUUCUGCAUGCAGCCAUGCUGGGAGGGUUGACAUGGGAUGGAGCUAUUUCAAAGGCAUGGUUGAAGAUCACAAACUUGAGCCUCAAGUUGAACACUAUACUUGCAUGGUUGAUCUUCUGGGUCGAGCUGGUCAUCUAAAGCAAGCUUAUGAUCUGAUUAUGUCCAUGCCUUGUGUCCCAGAUGAUCGUAUAUGGGGUUCAUUACUUGGGUCAUGCAAAACUCACGGCAAUGAAAAGCUGGCAGAACUUGUGGCUAACCAUAUCUUCAAAUUUGAUUCUGCAUGCAUUGGCUACCGUGUCCUCCUUUCAAACAUAUAUGAAGGCUUUGGAAAACAGAAUGAAGCUGCUAGAGUUAGAUCGGAUAUUAAAGAGUUGGGACUCAAAAAGCAGCCUGGAUGUAGUUGGAUUGAACUUGAAAACAAGAUUCAUACAUUUAUUGCAAGUGAUCACUCACACCAUCAGUCGGAAGAAAUAUAUGCUGUAAUAGAAAGUUUAACAGUAGAGAUGAAAAGGUCAGGGUAUAACCCUAAAACCCAAUAACUUAUUGGAUUGAUGAAUCAAAUGCUAAAGGUGUAAAUUCAAGUAUUUACCAAAAAACUAUGGGGUGAAUUCAAGCAUUUCCCGUACUGAUGCUCAAUGGCAAGGCUUCACUCCAGCUACUUGUAGGGCAGAAUAGCGACCAUGUCUUUAGUAAUUAAGAAUGAGAAGAAACUGUGUCCACAAUAUGGAUGCGAGCUGUGUCAACCAUAUGUCUUUUUUUCAAGGGAUCUUAUAUAUA